GCACAACUGUUAUUACUGAUCAAAUCUUAUCUACACUUUAUAAUAAAACUCAGUCUUCAGAUAAAAGUUAUUUUAUCAAUUACAUCUAUUCUUAUCCAUAAUUUCAUUAUCUCAUUAAAUAAUAAUCAUAAUCAUCAUCAUCAUAGUCAACAAUAAAUUUAUCACUGUUUUCAAAUUCAAAAUUGGUCCCGCGUGACAACGAACUGCCCACUGUCCAGGAGGUGGCGUCAGCUCUGAUCCUAGUAACCUCCCAGGACAUAACACCCUAGCUAAACUUUGUUUUUGUCGGAUGUCUGCUACUUUCAGGGUAAUACAUUAUUUAGAUGGCUUUUCAGAGGUUAUGAUAGUAUUUUUACCGGGAAAAAGUACUCAUUGUGUAAUAAAUUUUGAGUCUUAACUGUAAUUAUUGUAGUUUACCAUACGAAUUUAUUAAAUUUUAUAUUACAAUGUCAUUUGCGCAAAGUUAUUAUCCAAAUUAUUUUUCAAUAAAUGACAUAUUGGCAACAGAGGAAAGAAUCCAGUGUAAAGUUGAACUUAAUUUACCACGUUUAGGUUUCUUGGAUAUAACAUCAGAAGCACCAGAUUUAAAACCGGGAACCAAAUUAGAAUUUCCAUUUUGGUUAGCAUCAUCAUUACAUUCUAGAAGAAGACCUAUUGUUAGUGUUGAAAUACCUAAAUAUUAUAAAGAAGGUUGGCGAGACAUAGUAGAUGCUGGUCCAUGCGCAGUUAAAUUAAGCCAAUGGAAUCUACAUUAUUAUGAAUUAGGCAUGCUUAUAACACAAUUUAAUAGUCGAGAAAGUGAAAAAAUAAAAGACAAUUUAUUAUUAGCAUUUAAGAUACGACUAAGAUCUCUUAUGGAUUCAACUGAAAAUCCUUAUGCAAAGCCAACGUUAGAUACUCCAUUGCCCAUGUUAGAGCAUAACUUACUUUUAGCUGGCCGUAAAGCACGCACUGUUUUGAUAGAAUGGUUAAAACAAGGUAGUGGCAAUAUUGAAAAAUCAGAAAUGGUUGCUAAUCUUAUGAAGAAACGUAAACGUAAUGAAUUCGAAGCCGAUUAAUGUUAAUUAUAAUUAAUUAAUUACUUUGUUAUUAAAUCAAUAGCAACUAUUAACGUAAAAUAAUUUUUCUAAUCAAUUAAAAGUAAUUUAAUAGUAAAUAAUUAGUUUAAUUAAUUAAAAUACAAUAUCCCUUUAUUUAACGAAUACAAUCAUGAUUUUUAAAGUAAUUAAAUAACAAAUAUAAAUUAUAUACAAUUGGUAUAAAGAAAUUCAAACACAAAAUAAUUGUAAACAAGAUUUAAAAAAAACAUUAAGCAACUAUUAAUUAAAGUCUCUA